CAAACUGUUCCCACAAAGUUGGGAGCAUUAAAUUGUCCAAAAUGUCUUCGUAUUCUGAAGCCUUAUGAGUUUGCAUCACUGGAACUAAGUCUUUAGCUAUCGACUCUGCAGACAGUUGGUGACCCCGCUCUGUCAUUUUACCUGGCCUACCACUUCAUGACUGUUGUUCCCAGUUGCUUCCACUUUGUUAUAAUACCACUACAGUUGACCGUGGAAUAUUUAGUAGCAAGGACAUUUCACAGAUGGACUUAUUGCACAGGUGGAAAUCUAUCACGGUACUGCGCUUGAAUUCACUGAGCUCCUGAGAGCGACCCAU